GGAGGGGGCGGGGACAGGACUACGCGCCUGGAGGAAAAGGAGGAGGAGAAGGAAAAAAGAGACCAUAGACUUCCACCUGGGCCUAGAGCGGUUCUUAAAGUAGCGGGGAGAGGCGGGCGGGUUGGGACCACCUUCAAUACAGGCCGCCGGCGGUAUCAUGGCGACCCGGAACGCCCCUCCCCAAGAAUAUGAAAGUGAUGAUGACUCUUACGAAGUGUUGGAUUUAACUGAGUAUGCAAGAAGACACCACUGGUGGAAUCGAGUGUUUGGCCACAGUUCCGGACCUAUGGUAGAAAAAUACUCAGUAGCCACCCAGAUUGUAAUGGGUGGAGUGAGUGGCUGGUGUGCGGGAUUUUUGUUCCAGAAAGUUGGAAAACUUGCAGCAACUGCAGUAGGUGGUGGCUUUCUUCUCCUUCAGAUUGCCAGUCACAGUGGCUAUGUGCAGAUCGACUGGAAGAGAGUUGAAAAAGAUGUAAACAAAGCAAAAAGACAGAUUAAGAAACGAGCAAAUAAGGCAGCACCUGAAAUCAACAAUAUAAUAGAAGAAGCAACAGAAUUUGUCAAACAGAACAUUGUGAUAUCCAGUGGAUUUGUGGGAGGCUUUUUGCUAGGCCUUGCAUCUUAAGGAUAUGAAUGUUCUAUCACAGUGGAGUGACCUCUGAGAAGAGAAAUGGUGGUGACAAGAUGGUCUCAGCAUUAGCCAUUGACAGAUUCUCCAGGAUGACAAGGAACAACUAGCUGGACAGUACCAAACUCACUGCUUAGCAUUUUGCCAUCUGAAAUUUGGCAGACUGGUAUCUGCUAUAAAACAAUCUAUAUGGUCUGUGUAUAAUAGUAUUCCUGAGCAAAACAUGGCUUUCAUUAUUUUUUAAAACCUUGCAUUUGUUUAAAAUUUGCCUAUAAAACACCACCGUUGGAUGUAGAUAUGGAGAGAGAAAAAAAUCUGUUGGCUCUAUUCCCCAGUGAGGUAUCAUCCUCAUUUUAUUUAAAUAAGAUGUUCUCCAUUGUG